AUGAUUGCCGGUCUAGCGAAGGAUGUGCCGCCACUGCAUUCCAUUGGAGGAGGAGUUGUUGCAGUGUGGCCGAAGGUGAAGAGGCAAUCGACAAAGCGGUGCUCUUCCUGGAGGAAACGGCAAAGUACUACACUGCCUGUGUCCGCUCUCCUCCAUUCAAGUCAGAAUGGAGCACUGUUGGCUCCUGCAUGUAUUGGGCUCCUAGUUGGGACAAGGAAGCAGCCUGCCAAGUGCAGAAAACACCGGGUGUUAUGCCGAGCACAAAAGGACCAAGGCAAGUCAGGUGAUGACAGUGUCUACAAGGACACAGUGCUGCUUCCAGCAACAGAUUUCUCACAGAGAGCAAAUGCAAAGAAGCGAGAGCCAGAACUCCAAGACUUCUGGAACGAGAAGAAGAUCUAUGAGCAGUUACAGGAAAUGGAACAUCCCAAUGGCAGCUUUACGCUCCAUGACGGGCCGCCAUAUGCAAAUGGCUCCCUGCACAUGGGCCAUGCCCUGAACAAGAUCCUGAAAGACAUCAUCAACAAGUUCAAAGCC